CGUGAUGAGCGGCUCCCUCUCGCGGUCAUGCUGGUUUCCUAGCCCGGGUGUCAGACUGCUUCCUGGCGCUGGCGCGUCUCCUCUCAGUGUUUCUUUCAUGCAAGUCGAACGAGCGGACCAAGGAUGUGGUCUUUCUUCGCGAGGGAUCCCGUCAAAGACUUCAACUAUGACAUUUUACCAGACAAUCAAGACAAAACAGGGAUCUGGACUCUUCAUCGUGGGAAACGCAAGACGACCGGAGAGGCAGUGUCUGUGUUUGUGUACGAAGUGGCCCAGGGCACAGAGGAGCAGACGCAGCUGGCCAAAGCGGCAUUCAAGCGCAUGAAGACGCUGCGGCAUCCCAACAUCCUAGCUUAUGUCGAUGGACUGGAGACGGAGAAAAGCUUGUACUUGGUCACAGAGCCGGUGACUCCACUUGCAGCACAUUUGAAAGCCCAGUCUGACAAGGGUGGGUCAGGAGAGCUGGAGAUUUCUUGGGGCCUUCAUCAGAUUGUGAAAGCACUGAGCUUUUUGGUGAAUGACUGCCAUCUCCUGCAUAACAACCUCGGGAUAUGGGCCGUGUUUGUGGACCGAGCCGGCGAAUGGAAGCUAGGAGGGUUGGACCAUGUGAUCUCAGACCAAGUCGAACCUUCCUCCUUACCCCCUGCCAAAGUAGUGAACCCAGACCUGGAGAAGUAUGACCCACCAGAAGGCUCAAAAAGUGCAGGAGAGAAAUGGUCAGGAGAUGUGUGGAGGUUGGGUUGCCUAAUUUGGGAGGUGUUUAAUGGACCUCUGCCUCGUGCUUCAUCUCUGAGAUCUCUCGGCAAGAUCCCAAAGCAGUUAGUGCCACAUUAUUGUGAGCUGGUAGGAGCAAACCCAAAGGCUCGACCGAACCCGGCCCGCUUUCUGCAGAGCUGCCGUGCUCCUGGAGGCUUUCUAUGCAACAGUUUUGUGGAGAGUAACCUGUUUCUGGAGCAGAUCCAGAUUAAGGAGCCGGCAGAGAAACAACAGUUUUUCCAGGACUUGAGUGACAAUCUUGAUUCUUUCCCUGAAGAUUUCUGCAAGCAUAAAGUCCUGCCUCAGCUCCUCACAGCCUUCGAGUUUGGCAACGCCGGCGCUGUCGUCUUAACACCACUUUUUAAGGUGGGAAAAUUUUUAUCUGCAGAAGAAUACCAACAGAAGAUCAUCCCCGUCAUCGUGAAGAUGUUUUCCUCUACUGAUCGUGCAAUGAGAAUACGGCUCCUGCAGCAGAUGGAGCAGUUUAUUCAGUAUUUAAAUGAAGCAGCAGUCAAUUCCCAGAUCUUUCCUCAUGUAGUUCACGGAUUCACAGACACAAAUCCAGCCAUCAGAGAGCAGACGGUCAAGUCCAUGCUGCUGUUGGCCCCCAAGCUGAACGAGACCAACUUGAACCAGGAGCUGUUGCGUCACUUCGCAAGGCUGCAGUCAAAAGAUGAUCAGGGUCCCAUUCGCUGUAACACCACCGUUUGCCUGGGCAAGAUCGCCCCCUAUCUGAAUGCUGGGAUGCGUCAGCGGGUGUUAACCUCAGCAUUCUCCCGUGCCACGAAAGACCCGUUUUCUGCGUCACGUGCAGCAGGUGUACUGGGCUUUGCUGCUACACACAACUAUUACAGUGUGAGCGAGUGUGCCCUGCGUGUCCUGCCCACUCUCUGCCCACUUACUGUGGACCCUGACAAGAACGUCCGAGAGCAGGCAUUUAAAGCCAUUAAGAGUUUUUUAAAUAAGUUGGAGACGGUUUCUGAAGACCCUUCCAAGUUAGCUGAAAUAGAAAAGGACGUGACCACAUCUGCACAAGCUAGUAGUUCAGCAGCAUCAUGGGCUGGAUGGGCGGUGACAGGGGUCUCCUCUCUUACAUCCAAGCUCAUACGCAAUGCUCCCGCGGGGACCGAAGGGGCAACAGCUGAAAACGCCUCCACAGCUCAACCUGCAGCUCCUACUGAUGCCACAAGUGCAGCAGGUUUAGAGACAAAAGCACAUACAACCACUGGUUCCUCCUCUACUUCUGCUACUAACCAAUCAGAGGGCUCGCAUCAUACAGAACAGAUAGAAGAGCCAGUCGGAGAUCGGUGGGAGGAUGAGGAUUGGGGAAGCCUGGAGGAUCCUGAGAAAGCGCUGACCGAUCCAGAUGAAUGGAACUCCGAUUGGUCUACUAUGUCCUCAACCCAGAAGAAGAGCAGUGGGGGACGAACUUCCUCUGUUGCCAUGAAAAAGCAGAGCUCUGAUUGGAGCAGCUCUGGCUGGGACGCAGAUGAUAGCUGGUCCAACGAGAAGGAUACAGACAACCAGGGUCAAAGCUCGCCGGCGGAUGAGGGAUGGGGCAAUGACUGGGACGAUGACGGGGCACUAGCAGAGAGCUUCACCCCAACACCACGGAACACUGCUUUAUCUGGUUCUUCAAACGUUAUCUCUAAAAGUGCUAGCGCUAGCGCUGAACAGGAAAACUUGCGACUGGCUAGUGAAUAUAACUGGGACAGUUCAGGUGCAAAAGGCACAACAUCUGACCUGUUCUCCGGUAUGUCUCAGAGGGCCGGCCCUGCCACUGCUGCUAUGAAGAUUGAUGAGAGCUGGAGUGCGAAUACCGGAGGUGACUGGGGAACAGAGAACUGGGAGUCUUUGGAAGGUGAUCAAGGUCUGAGUAAGGCUGAAUUGGCCAAGAAGAAGCGUGAGGAAAGAAGGAAAGAAUUGGAGGCCAAACGAGCAGAGAGAAAGGCAGCCAAAGGUCCCCUUAAACUCGGUGCGCGCAAAUUGGACUGAGAGAAAGAAUCGUCGUGGAAUCGAGGCGAGUCGUGUUUAAGAAUCACAGUGGACUUGCAGCGGAACAAAGACAUUCCUUAAUGCCUCAGUGAUGAAAUGAAACUUGGCAGAGCUGUCUCUUUAUUGUCUGUUGGAUAGGGUGGGUGAACGAGUGACAUCAUACUGUUCACUCAAAAACCGAGAGAUUCCUGAGUAAUGGACCAUACACCCUCAACGAAUGACUUUUACGUUCUCUUCUGAUCUUAGAAUAGACAAAAGGUUCUUUUCUACAGUAUCGGUACAUCACUUGUGCAUGGACACCCUCAUUGAUAUGGCACUGGGAUUUUUUUUUUAUAUUAAAAAAUAACUUAUGUUCUUCACUUUAGGUAAUGGAGUAUGUGUGUAUGUUAAAUAUACACUUCAUACCAUAUUCUCAUAUUCCCUUAAUGAACAGUAAUGAUCUAAGACUGAAAGGCUGCUUGUAUGUGUGUAGCAAUCACAAUCCCGUCCCACUCCCAGGUGGACUUAUGUAAUUCCAGUGCAUGUAUGAACAAUAUCUCGGACAGCUGCCGUGGGCCUACGACGAUGUCAGGAGGAGGAGAACGCUAUUUUAUUGUGCCUUUUUUGGGUUUCUUUUGGGCUUGGAUGCGUUACGAUAUUAAACAAUGUUUUCUUUUUCCCUCGGAUACGUUUUAUGUUCUGAUUCCAGUCUAAUUGUUAGUUUUACGAUCAGGUGCAAUAUCUACAGAAGGACAAAUCCUGUAUUAUUACAAGCGUAAAGAAAUGAUAAUAAAAAUCCUAAGGGAGCUUGUCUCUCCACAUGAA